AUGUCUACAACGGAGGUUUCUUUGACGCCCAGCGACUCCCGGGCUGGGACAACUCAGCCAGAAUCGACGGCAGCAUCUUCGCCAGUGACCGACACAUCUGCGCCAGGCUCCAAAGAGUUCAUCGAAGAGAGAGCCAAGAAUGACAACGGCGAUGUUGAGAAUGACGCCAGUGCAUCUAGGCACGGCUCCUCCGGGGCGGCUGGUGAAGCAGAAGACACAGAGGGAAUGGACGUCAAGGCAAAGGCUCUAAUGCACCUGUUGAAAACAAGCUCGGUCUUUGUAGCGAUCAUGUCAGAGAAAAUGAAGAAGCAACAAGAAGAGGCAAGACAACGUGCUGCUCACCAACAAUCCGAGCAAAAGCCCAAACCAAAAUCCACAGUCGCUGCUCGUCGGGAAACAAGAAAUAAGCCCAAGGAAGAUACUGGCGCGCCCGAAGACACCGCUGCCAAUGACACAAGUGCAGGAAAGAGAAGAGGCCGUUCUCGGAAAAGCGGACCAGAUGGGAGCAAAAUUUCCAGCUAUUUCCAAAAGGCGGAUGUCAAAAUCGAAGAGGGCAAUCCAACUGUCCAAGAGGCCCUCGAGCAGGCUGCAGAAGACUAUGAGGCUAAGCCUACAGCUCUUGGUGAACAGGAGCUCGUUGCGACGCAGCAGCCUUCUCUCGUUACCGGUGGCAAGAUGCGCACUUAUCAACUGGAGGGUCUAGAGUGGAUGAAAACGUUGUGGAUGAACGGAUUGUGUGGCAUACUGGCGGAUGAGAUGGGCUUAGGCAAGACCGUGCAAGCUAUCUCAAUGAUUGCGUUCUUGAAGGAGAACAAUGUCUCGGGUCCGUAUCUUAUUGCUGCGCCGCUCAGCACAUUAAGCAACUGGAUCGAUGAGUUCAAAAGAUGGACUCCCACCAUCGAAACGGUUUUGUAUCAUGGAACAAAGGAGGAGCGUGCGGCUCUUCGCAGCAAGCACAUGAAAACUCGAGACCAAGGCAAAAUGGAUUUCCCUGUCGUUUGCACCUCUUACGACAUAUGCAUCAAUGACUCGAAAUUCCUGGGACAGUAUCAGUGGCGAUACAUUGUCGUGGACGAGGGCCACCGUCUGAAGAACAUGAAUUGCAAGCUCAUCAAAGAGUUGAUGACCUACAACUCGGCGAACCGAUUGCUCAUUACGGGUACACCACUGCAGAAUAAUAUUUCCGAAUUGUGGUCUCUACUACAUUUCCUUCUUCCAGAAGUGUUCAACGACUUGAGCAGCUUUGAAAGUUGGUUCGACUUCUCGUCCGUUCUGGAUGAUUCAGGAAAGGCAGAGGUAAUUGAGCGUCGGAAGCGCAACUUGGUGACCACAAUGCACUCCAUCUUAAAGCCAUUCCUACUUCGCCGGGUCAAAACCGAUGUGGAAACUUCGCUGCCAAAGAAGCGCGAGUAUAUCCUCUACGCACCACUUACGCCUGAGCAGAAAGAGCUCUAUAGGGAAAUUCUGAGCGGUACUGGCCGUCAGUAUCUCGAAGGCAAGGCUUUGGAACGUUUAACGGCAAAAAGCUCGAUGCCUACACGUUCUCGUAGCUUGAAGCGCGGCCAUGACAGCGAUGAGGCCCAAACACCAAAUAAGUCUCAGCGUACGACCAAAGACGACGUCUCGGAAAGAAAUCCCGCUUCGGGUCGACGGCGUCGAGCGAACCAAAGCUAUAAAGAUAUCAGUGACCGAGAGUUUAACACCAAACUGCGCAAGCUUGAACAAGGAAUCGAGGAGGAUGAGGAAGACGACGUACAGCCUGAUGAUACCGAGUUGGAGGAAAUCGAAAGAGCCAACAACUUGAAACUUGCUAAAAGAGAGAUCAGUCAAAAGAAAAUGAUGAACCCGAUCAUGCAAGCUCGUCUUGCAUGCAAUUCUCCGCACAACUUCUACUGGCCUUGGAUGGACGAAUCAUCAACUGUCGACGAGACACUUGUCACGGCGUCAGGAAAAAUGCUGCUCCUGGACCGUCUAGUGCCUUACCUCUUCAAGAAGGGUCACAAGAUCCUCAUCUUCUCCCAGUUCAAGACGCAGCUUGACAUUCUCGAAGAUUGGGCGACACAGCUGCGCAGGUGGCCUUGCUGCCGGAUCGAUGGUGCCAUCGCGCAAGCCGACCGUCAAGCCCAAAUCAAAGCGUUUAACACCGACAAGAAACACAAGAUUUUCCUACUCAGUACUCGUGCCGGUGGUCAAGGAAUCAAUCUUGUUGCUGCCGACACUGUCAUUCUAUUUGAUUCUGACUGGAAUCCGCAACAGGAUCUUCAGGCCCAGGAUCGAGCCCACAGAAUUGGUCAGACCAGACCCGUGAUUGUGUACAGACUCGCUACAAAGGGAACCGUUGAGCAGACACUGCUCGAGAAGGCGGACUCCAAGCGACGUCUUGAACGCUUGGUCAUCCAAAAGGGCAAGUUCCGGUCACUGCUUGACACUGGAAAUGCCCAUGAUGCCGAAGAACUUCGGAGGGCGCUCGGUGACGACGAGUUCGAGCGCUUCGAGACCGGCGCCGAUCCGGCAUCAAUUCUCUCCGAGGAGGACCUCCAAAUCUUGACUGAUAGGAGCGAGGAGGCCUUCGCCCGGGCGGAGAAGGGUCUCGAGCAAAAGGGACCGGCUUUCGUCUCUGUCGAAACCAAACGUGAUGCUGGCGAGUCCCUUAUGGCGUAG